UGGCAUUUACUUCAUUGUAAUUUCAAAUGGGAAAAUACUUAUUUACUUGCUUUACUGUAAAGUAUUGCAAUUUACAUAUAAAUAAAGCAACUGCAUUACUCAUUGAUCUCGUUUAAUUUACAAACUACAAAAUUCUUCGUAAACCAGUAGUGAAUAUUGUUAAGGCCCGUUCUUGUUGGAUAAGUCUCCUCAUUUUUAUUUUCAAUGUUAUAGAAUGUGUCUUCCAGAACGGUGGUAGUAUUUGGUCAGUACAGAGAAUAUUAGGUAAUUUCAUUGUGUUCUGGCUUAUAUUUUUCUCUAUACGGCAAAUGUUUGUAGAAACUAUUAGAAAAAGCUGCAUUCUCUGUGUUCUCAUAGGUAGCAGCAAUAUUGUACUUACACUGUAAGGCACAUUCUGUUUUCUAGCACUGUUUUGAUGGGAUUUAUUUUUCAGUUAUUGGAUUAAUCGAGUAAAACCGACAUAUUGACAUUCGACGUUUUUAAAUGUCAUUUCCCUGCAUUGAAAUCACUAAGUAGUAGCCUACGUAGGCUGCGGCAAGUGUUGUUUGUUUUCCAUUACGUUGUUGGCUUUACAACUGAGAACAAAUCAUUCAAGUUGUCCAUCGCUGUGUGUGUGUGUGUGUGUGUGUGUGUGUGUGUGCGCGCGCGCGCGUAUUAAACCAUUUUAAGGCUUUGGUCCUUGGAUCAGGGGUAAGUGUAGUCCGACGUUUUAGAUAUAACGACUUAUUUCCUUGAGUUUAUCUACCUUCGGCUGUCAAACUCGUUUUCAUUGCACUUUAGAAGUAUAGGUGACAUAUUUCAGUCAUCGGGCAGGCCACACCAUGUUCUAAAAUAUUUAUUUCCCAAUAUAAAUACGUCUCAUUUUUUUUGGAAUGACAUAUAAUCUAUACAUCUUCAUGAAGAUUGGAGUUUUUGCCUUUGCGUCUUUAGGUGCUUUUUCACACACUGUGUCGCUGUUGCCUCAUAAAUUGUAGCUACAUAUCUGCACUUGAAGGGAAGCCAUGACAGUUGUGCCGGGACAAAGUCGCGCUGCGGUUUCUUCUGAAACUGCUCUGUCUAUAUUAUUCUUUAUAUGCCAAUAUCUCUUUGAUCCAGGGCUGCUGCCCGAACAUUUAACAGGUCUUGCUGCACGGAAACGUUAUAUGAUUUCGUUGUUCCUUUUGGAGGAUAUAUUUCCCAGCUGCAAUGAUGGCAGUGCAUUGCGCAAGGUAUGCCUUGGUUUUCUUUGUAUUCUCGGCGACGUGGAGAAUUGCUUGGGCAGUCACUCGCUAUUCUAUCCCUGAAGAAAUGGAGGAGGGUUCCGUGGUUGCGAAUUUACCUGGUGAUUUAGGACUUAGCGCUGGCAGUCUAGCUGAGCGUGAGUUGAAAUUAGACAUUUUACAUAGUAAAAAAUAUUUUGGCUUUAACAAAAACACGGGAGAUUUGUCUAUUUUAGAAAAAAUAGACAGGGAAUACCUUUGCCCGUCGAAAACGUCGUCAUCUUGUUUUCUUAAAAUGGAUGUGACCAUUGAAAAUCCGAUAAGAAUAUUUAAUAUCGAAUUUGAAAUUUUAGACAUUAAUGAUCACGCGCCUCGUUUUCGUAGAGAAGCCAUGCAUUUGGAUAUAUCUGAAUCUGCUUUAGUAGGAGAAAGAUUCUCUUUAAACAAUGCAGUCGAUGCAGAUGUAGGUCGUAACUCCAUUAAAACAUACACGCUAAGUGAGAGCGACACUUUCAAUAUUGAGAUUCAGACGGGGAGCGACGGCACUAAAUACGUUGGAUUGGUUUUAAAAAAGGCUUUGGACAGAGAGCAGCAGGCCGUACAUAAUCUAAUACUCACUGCUGUAGACGGCGGAGUCCCUGCGCGAUCCGGUACAGCUAGCAUCAUUGUGCGCGUGUUGGAUACGAAUGACAACGCACCUCAGUUUAUCCACCAGGUUUAUUCGGUUAAUAUGACGGAAAAUUCGCCGAUAGGAACACUGUUGUUGAAGCUGAAUGCUACAGACUUAGAUGAGGGUUCAAACGCAGAGAUCGUAUAUUCUUUUACACUAUACACGUCUGAGAAAACGCAGGAUAUGUUUUCUUUAAAUCAAAAUACUGGAGAAAUUAAGGUGAAAGACAUGGUUGAUUUUGAGGAAAUAAAAAUCCUGGAAAUGCAUAUUCAGGCAAAGGACAAUGGACAUCAACCGCUGUCCGGACAGUGUACAGUGAUGGUAUACGUGGAAGAUGUGAAUGAUAACUACCCGGAGAUCACCGUUAAAUCCCUUAGAAGCAGAGUGAAGGAGACCGUUCCUGUAGGCACAGUCAUAGCCCUCGUUGGAAUUAGUGACAGAGACUCAGGGGACAAUGGGAAGGUUGACCUCUCAAUUAACGAGCAGUUACCCUUUUUGCUCAACAGGUCAUCAGAGAGAGAUUACGAACUGGUUGUUUCAGAAUCAUUGGACCGUGAGGUAGUUCCAGAGUAUAAAAUAAUUUUAACUGUGACGGACAGAGGGACACCUCCUUUGUCAGAUAAUGAAACCAUCACGUUAGAACUUCUGGAUGUUAAUGACAACGCGCCACAAUUCCCAAAUUCGUUUUAUACCAUCCCUGUUAUAGAGAACAAUGCGCCGGGGUCAUUGUUGAGUUCCGUCACUGCUUUUGAUCCCGAUUUCAAUGAAAAUCAGUAUUUAGUUUAUUUUAUCAUAGAAAGGGAAAUAGUGAACACUUCAAUGUCGAUGCUGUUUUCCAUCAAUCCAGAGAACGGCGAUCUUUACGCACUAAAAACUUUUGAUUAUGAAAGAGAGAAAGAGUUUCUUUUCCACAUUGAAGCCAGGGACUCGGGCAGUCCUCCACUCAGCAGUAAUGUCACAGUCCACAUCAUUAUUCUGGAUCAGAAUGACAACACCCCACUCAUAGUCUCUCCAUGGCGGGCGCACGGCUCUGUGAUUGAAGAAGUGAUCCCAAGAUCCACUGACAAAGGACACCUGAUAGCCAAAGUGAUCGCAAUUGACUCUGACUCUGUGCAGAACUCCCGAGUCACAUACCAGUUUCUACAGGUUCCAGACGCCACUUUAUUCAGCCUGGACCAGUACAAUGGAGAAAUUCGGACAAUGAGAAUGUUCAGUUACAGAGAUCCCCGUCAUCAGCGGCUGGUCGUCAUUGCCAAGGACAAUGGAGAUCCUGCACUCUCUGCUACAGUUACCAUCAAGUUAUCUACAGUGGAGCAUGUCGUCAAAGCGUUUUCUGAAACGUCAGAAGUUCCUUUGGAGUAUGAUAUAUUUUCAGACUUAAACCUGUAUCUUUUGAUCGGUUUAGGGUCUGUUUCAUUUUUGCUAUUGAUGACAAUAUUGGUGACCAUCGUUCUGAAGUGUCAGAAACCGAAGCCCACCAAGGCGACCCCUCCCUGCAGAAACAGCGUCGCUAGCCAGAGGAGCUCUACUGUAGCAGAUUCCACCCUGGUGUCCAACGAUGCGUACUGGUACAGCUUGUUUUUAGCCGAGACGAGGAAGGGAAAGGUGGUGAUUAGACAGCCUAUACCGAAGAGUGGUGGCUACAUCGUUUCCAGUAUUCCCAGGAGCACUGGUCUGACAGAAACUAGUGACUCAGCAGCUUCUACCCUACAGGCAUCCACCACCAGCGGCAGCUCUGCUUGAGCCCACAACCCCACCCCCCUCUGUGCCCCCCCCCCCCCUUUCCCCACCAGAGGCAACAGAAGGACUCCAUCAGCUGUGACCACCUGCAACUGAACCCCCCUCCCCCACCUUAAAAGAGGAAUACGCCCCCCUCUCCCAUUAUCUCAUAUCCCAUAACCCUCUGCAAACUUGUAAUGGACUGGCAUCUGAGACAUCUACAUCGAUCACGCAUGACCUUGCAUGGCUGUAGUAACAGAAUGAACUUUUAAAAUGGAAAAGUAAGGGGGGAUAGCGCAUUAUUAUACCAACGUAAUUAUCCUGCUCAGUGAGCAUUUCUGUGGAAAGAUUAAUGCAGUCAAUGAGAUGGAUGUAGCAAAGAGGAGGUGACCCUCUUUAAGACUGCAGCUCUCCUCAAAAACGUGCUCUUCCUCCGUGGGACUAAAACAUCGUAAGCAUUUAAAAACAUAACGGGACAAAAGGGAAAUAAUGCUUUUCUUACUCCGUAGGUUUACUUUCAUUGUGGUUAGUGUUUGAGUGUAGCAUGCUUUUUUUUACAUAAACACAUCAAAAUAAGUCUCAUUUUAAAAGGUAUUUCGGAGUGAAUAUUAACUGUAAGUAUAAAAUGUUGGCUCCUUGAUAUCAGUGAGCUUUUGUGUGCUGUGUGAAGGUUUUCAAGUGGUGGCUUGUGAUCACUGAUGGUUUGGUCAGCCACAGGAAAACACGUUAACACAAACACACACAGACUCAAACUGCAGGGAGUCAACAUGUUUAGCACUCAGUUAGUGAUCAGGACUUUUAAUUUAAAACCAGAGCAAAUAACAAGUACUGUGAGUACCUGAUUUCAGUAACUUUAAACUAAUGACGUAUUAUAGAUAUGUUGUUUGAUUAUGGUACUAAAUGUUUAAAAUGAUUGUGUAAUUUGAAACAGAAACAAAACAAUACGUGUAUUUGUGCAGUGAAGUUGAUGCCAACCAAUUUUAAUAUUUACAUUGUUUAUUUUAUAAAAAUGUACACCUGAGGACAAUGUCAUUUUUACUCUAAAUGCUGAUUUUUCUUGCUUGAACUGUAAUCUGUGCUUUGUGUGAAGUAUUAUAUUGGUGGUGCAAAGUGUGGUCAUUCUGCAUUUUAUAUACAGUUUGAUAUUGUUUGUUUAUUGUCUGUUGAUUCAGGAUGGUUUUUCAGACUACUCGGCACGUUGUAACUGUACUUAUUUUUGAGUAUUUGUUGGUAUAAGGAGCUGUUUUCUGUCUCAGGGCACGCCCUUUACAUGCCUGGAAAAGGGAUUGAAGGAUGGGGGGAGGAGGAGGAGGAGUGAGAGGCCCAGAAAAGGGACUGAGUGGUUCUGUCCAGUUAAUCUCUGCUGAGGCAGCACACAUGGCGGAUUGCAAAAUGGAACAAAGAUAUGUGACCCCUCUCCACAUUCUUCUCUAAGGCCGUGCAUGAAGCUGGUCCUCUGUUUCUUUGGCAGUGCAGUGGAGUUAGAAGGCUGCUGCAGCCUUACAGGAAUGUGAUAAGUGUUGUGCAAUUUCUGGGCCCUGGCUUCUGACUGACCCUCCGGAUCAGAGUUGCAGGAGAGCUGGCGGGCUCACAAUAAACAUUUCAUGGGUAUUAUUCAGAACCGUUUCACUGGAGAGGGUCCUGGUGAUAUUCUCAUAUAUUAACAAAUAAAUGUGUGUGCGUGUGCGUGUGCGUGUACGUGUGUGUGUGUGUGUGUGUGUGUGUGUGUAUAAAAAAACAACAUUCACGGCUGGAAUUUGCUAUGGUGGUGAAACACAAAGGGGCCACAAUGCCUCUUAUCUAAAGCACAAUUAUUAUAAGCAUAAAAAUCCUUCCUUUUAUAUUUGCAAAUGGGACACUGAUGCUUUAUUAUGAACCAAAAUAGUCCCCAUUAUUGAGGGUGUUGUCUUUAUUGAUAUUUUUAUAGAUCUUCAUUUCUAAUUGAUGCGUGAAAACAUUUAAACUGCAGACACAGGUGGGAAGAGGGGUCCCUAGUAGUAGCAGCCUUGAGUGAAGCCAUGUGAUCCUCUCACACGCAUGCCCUCCCCAUCUGUGAAGAGACAGGUCAGGCUUUCUGUUCCUCUUAAUUGCGGGCCUCCCAGCUGUUAUCAAGGGCUUGCUCUGAGACAGAACUGAACCACUCCCGCUCUUGGUGUCUAAGUGAGAAACUGGCUGGUUGACUCUCGGCUGUGUGAUCUAUUCCACAACAUCACAGGCUAAUCGGGUGAAUUCUGCGAUAAGUCAAACAGCAGUCCGCACAUUGCAAGGCUCCCAUUCAGUAAUUUAACGCACCCAAAAUAUUUUGGUGCAUUAAAUUAUUGAAUGGCAAGCCUUGCAGUGUGCGGACUGCUGUUUGACUUGUCGUAACUUUCAUUGCUGUUCUGUCCAGCACCUGCCCUAACUACAGGUGCGCAUACCCCUACCACUCUCGUUUACAGGGUAGUCAGGGGGCGUUACCACCAGCCAUACCCAGGUUUAAUGGGAGUGACAGUCCCCAAAUCAGAGGCUUACAGAUGACUAUCAUUGGCCUGUAAAACCAUUAACCCUGAGAUCCAGCAGUAUUUCAGUUAAUCUAUAAAGCAAUGCAGAAAACAUAUGAGAUGUAAAUGGCCAAAUGGAUUACCCCUUUGGAGAAUUUGUUACUCUUAGGUGGGGGUUCCACGUGGGGAGGGGGGGGGGGGGGUGGCUUUGUAAAAUUGUGCUGUAAUUUUUCAGAAUAUCAGAAUAUCCAAAAUCACUCGUGGAGCCCCUACCAUUAUGUGAAUGAUAUGUGCUGUCUGACAGACGUAUAUAUACAUAUUGUGUACUUUUAUUAAUAUAUCUGGCUAAAUUACAUGCCUGUUAUAUUGGCAUACAUUUGUAUUUACAUUUUUUUAAAUAUGUAAACCUGAUUGUGUGUAUUUUCGUUGCUCCUUAAAAAGGCAUAGCCCUUCAAGUGGUGGAGCACUGCUUUGUGCCAUGGGGUAAUGUCCACAUCGCCCCUAUGUUUGAUAUGAUUGGAUCAGUGUUUGAUGAUGUGGCUGCUGGGUAAGUGCUGUUGAUGCUGUUGAUGGAUUUCCUGUUCCUGCUCUCUGCAGCAUCUGCUGCAGGGCCCUGCUGGGCCGCAAAGACAGGUGUGGGAAAAACAGCCGGCCAGAACCAGGCUGGGAUGCCCCUUGUGCUUUCUUUUCAUAAUUGGUGUUAUUGUUAUUGAUUACUGUUAUGCUUUGCUUAUAAAUACUGACGUGUGAAUAAACGCCUUAAAUUGA